GGGGUCGGAAGCAGCGGCGGCCCUGAUCGCGGAGCCGAAGCGGGAAAGCUAGCCGGCGGCCGCAACUCGGCCGGGGGUGGGGAAGUGUUCCCGCGCGCUCCCGCCCAGCCCUGGUCGCCAUCUUCCCGGUGCGCCGUCUUCUGUGCGGGUUCCAGCCCUGGCUCUUCGCCCUUCGCACGCACCGAGGCGGCUUCCUAGCUCGCCCGGGUUGAGGGCCCUACGCCCCGCGAAGCUUUUCGACGAGGUCCGCCGGCAGGCCAGUCUGUCUUCGGGGCGUGGCUGAGGGCGGGGCUGGCGCUGCAGCUGCGCGGCGGCGUCCGGCUCUCCCGUCGCUCCCCGAGCGCGCGCCGCCUCUCGCGCUGUCUGAGCGCGAGCCUGGACGGGGAAGGAGGGAGCCAGGAAGCGGCGUGCGCGUCGGGGAGCGCAGCUGCGGGCGUGGGGGUGGCAAGAGCCGCGGAGCGGGUGCCGGAGACAAAGGCGACGAUAGCACCAGUUAUGAGUGUGUGGAUUUUUGAGUGAAACCUCCAACCCAAAUGAAAAGAAACCUUCAAGGAACAAUUUCUACAACACUGAAUCUGUAGAGUCAUCUGUGUGCAUAAUAUGGAAUGUUCUCAGCCCAGAGAUAGCUGAAUGGGUUGCUGUGUUGACAAGGAGUGACUACCAGUUGUAAGCCCUGAGUCAAGACAACAGGUUUUAUACCAUACAUUCCCGGUGGUUAAGAAACAAGUCUCUGUGGAACCAGAAGCAAAGAAAGGAAACAUUCUGACAUUUUCUUUAUUAAAUUGACUGCAUAAGUUACUUGACUUACAGGAACAAAAACACAGUGAAAUACUAAAAUUAUCAUUUGGCAUCAUUGGACAUACAUCACAUUGAGGAGCGUGCUUUGUGGAGCUUCCUGAGUUGAGAUUUGGAACCUUCAUUGGUGCUCAUUUAUACUUUGAACUAUAAGCAUGAGUGAAUUCUGGCUGUGUUUCAACUGCUGUAUUGCAGAACAGCCUCAGCCUAAAAGGCGACGGCGGAUUGACCGAAGUAUGAUUGGAGAGCCAACAAACUUCGUACACACAGCUCACGUAGGAUCAGGAGACCUGUUCAGCGGAAUGAAUUCAGUUAGCUCCAUUCAGAACCAAAUGCAGUCCAAGGGAGGCUAUGGAGGCGGGAUGUCUGCCAACGUGCAGCUCAUGGACACUAAGGCAGGAUAGCCCCAGGGAUAGCCUUCUCCAUGUUGAUGGAUAUCUGGGUGAUGCCUUUCUAACUUCUUCAUGCUGAAAAGGGAAGUCAACACUAUGUGAUAGAGGAGUGAAACUGGUUGUCAUUCUUGGAGAGACUUACCUCUGAGCUUCAGGGCUUUACUGAUGUAGGAACAAUCCAGAGGCUUUUAAGUCUCUGAAAAAUAAACUUAAAAAGUAAAUUAAAAUUACAGGUUUAAAUAAAAGGAAUAGAAGGAGGUGAUUUAUAACUGUUACAUUGGGGAAAUCUUAGAUAGAAACCAGGGUUUUCCUUAGGGUUUUCAGGAAUAGUAUUGAGAGUAUCUGGUUGAGACCUGCAUAAGAGUAACCUCCAGAAUGAUCUCCUGACUCAAUUUGAAAUCUUUUAGCCAUUGAAAAUUUUAUUUCUUUUCCCCUUUUAGAUCACAAAUCCAUUGCUAAUCCCACAGUGUCAGGAAGGUCACCCCUGGAAGUCAUGUCCCACAUACGGGGGAAGGUAGUGAGUGUAUUUGCAGAGUUUGGCUUACAGGGAGACCAUGUUUGAGCAACAUGGAGAUUGUCAAGGGUUACUCUUAGGCUUAGGCAUUAUGUCAUUACAGAAAUAAGUUUUCCUUUUAUUAGGCAGGGCUCAUAUAUUUUAGAGUAAAUUAGGACCCCUUAUUGCUUGAGAGAAUAAUAGAAAUUCCCCAGUUGGGGAAGUUUAAUAGUUCCACACUUGCUUUCCCCAGUCCUUCAAGGGACCUUGCAAAUACUUUUUCAUUUUAUGCCCAAAACACUCUGAAAUGCCUCAGGGUAUUACAUGAACUUGUACAGAAUACUAAGAUCUCAUUCCCUAUUCUAGGUUCCAUGUCAAAUAAAGCUGAAUGAGGCUGUUUAAAUAAAUUUCUCCUCCUUUGGUCUCACACAGAAAUUAAGGUAUUACCUUUUACCCUGUAGUUAGAUUUACCUUCGUCCUAACCAGAUCAGCCUCAUUCAUAUCCCUAAUUGAAAUCUGAUCUUUUUUCAGCUUCUUUAACAGUUGUUGUAUGGAGUACUGUUGCUCCUUUAGUGCUUUGAGAGCUACAGAACUCUGAGCUUGAGUCUCAGGUGUCACACAGAUAUCCAGAGUUCCAGGGAGCUACCAGGUUAUACACAAAGAGCAGAGGGUCUCAGAAUUCAGAAAUAACUGUUAAAGCUCAGGAGUUAAUAUGACUGCUGUAAGAGCUUGCUUUCUUACAAGCAUUUUCUAAAUGAACUAUUUUCAGAAUUAAAAACAUUUGACAAGUGACUUAUAUUGGGGUCAUCAAUCACAAACCAUAGCAGAAGUUUUGUCCUGUGACUUAUACACAUUUACCAGGUUUAUGUUAAUUAACAGGUAAAACAUUAUUUAUAUACUUGGCUUGCUUCUCUUUUAAAGUCCCUUUUUGUUGACCACAUGUACUUUUGAGAAACAUUAGAGUGUAGCAUAACUGACAAGGAAAUUUCGUUUCCAUGGCAUGUAACAUUCUUCUAAGAACAGCCAGAACUAUGACUAACAAUAUCAUACUGUUGUCUAACAGCAUGCAGAUAAGUAUCAGGAUAUAACAUGGACAGUGAGAACAUUGUUAAGUCUUUAGGAAUUUUAAACAAUCUUUAAAUAUAAGAAUAACAUUUCACCUGUACAAAUUUAACCAAGAGAAGGUUGGAAGAUCCCUUUUAAUUUUUAUAACAAUUCUGAAACAUUUCUUAUAUAAUAUAUUACAUUAUUUUUAGCACCUCCUUUUACAAGGUGAAAGAACAAAUCCUUUGCAACAAUUUGAAAUAAAACAAUACUUUUUAGGGUUUGAUUUUUUGGAGGGCAAAAUGUCAAAAGUUGUUAGAUUUGAACAUCAUGUUUUGGUUUCUUGUUUAACCAAAUUGACAACUAAAAGUAAAAUAGGAGUUAAUAUGUUUGUAAGAAAAAGACUUAAGUUCCUUUAAAAGUGAGACUUGUCUUCUAAGAUAAAGGAUGAUAAGGUCAACAUAAACAUCAACAAGGAUACUGUUCUGAUAUAGUAUUUUUGUCUUCUAGAUAGAAUAUUCAGAUCAUAAAAAAACUUUUUAUAACCUUUCCUUGAGCAGACUAUAAUCUUCAUUAUUUUAACAGAAAACUAAACUCCAGUUUUGUAUGAAUAGAUCAUUUGACACAAAAGCUCUUAAAAAUAUUUAUAAACAAACCUAUCAAAUUAUUGAUCAGCAUUGACUAUGACAAACAAUUCACUUUCACAAACCUUCUACAGCUUUCCAUAUUCACCCACGUUUUGCCGUACACAUUCUCAAGGACAAAAUUACAUACCUUUCUUUAAUAAGCACACCUUGUAUACUUUACAUACCCGCAUACUGUAAGUUACCAAAAAGAUCAUUGAUACUGUCUUUAAACAUCCUACAAAACAUUUAUUUUAAAAUCAAGUUUGUUAAAAUGGUAACUUAAUUUCAUUAAACACAAACUUACAUUUUUUAUCAUCUUAAAGAUCUAAUAGAUACAAUGCUAGCUUAUUUUAUCAGUAAACUUGUAUAAAUUUAGGGAGAACAUACCUUACUAGAAUAAAAUUUAAUUUGUUUGGUUGAAAAAGUCAUCCUAAAAACAGGAAUAGGCCUAGACUUUGUCACUGCUUUUUUGCAGUAUAUUUGCCCCUUUUUUUUGGGAGGUUAAAAAAAUCUCUGUUUCCAUAAUAUCCUAAAAUUAUGAACAAUCUCAAAAGCAUCAUACUCUGGAAAAUAUACUACAAUCAUAUAAUUUGUCUCAUGCAUAAAUCCUGGAAAACUUUUCCUUAGCUCUCAAGGACAUUUUCCUUUACUUUCUGAAGUUUGGCAGUUAGAGCUUAUUCAAAACCCCUACUCCAAGGUGAUUUAUAGUUUAAUAAUGAUUUGUUUAUUGUGCUCACCAUUGCAAAGGUAUUAUUGGAAAAAAAAAUAAUUUUAAAUUGGGGAAUUCUCUCAGGACAAGCAUGGCCUAUUACACAACAUUUCCUCUGUGCCUACCAUUUCCAAUCUCCAGGCCUAGUAGAAGAAUUCUAAACUAAGCCCACCCAACCCCAUCUCUCUGCACCCAACCCUUCCUCUAUAGCUGCCUUAUCUGGUUCAUUCAUAUUAAACCAAGGUUUAAGAGGCCCUUGGGGCAGGGCUAGGUGAACCUGAAUGAGGCCUGGUCUUUUGAAUUUGGUUUGUAAAAGUUUUAAAUGAGGGCGGAGGGAUUUAUGACCCAUAAGGUGUCCUUAGUAUUGAUGAGAGUUUCUAUGCCCUUUUUUUAAUGUAAUCUUACUGAGAAAUGUUCACACACCAUACAAGCCAUCUGAAGUAUAAUCACAUAGUUGUGCGUUCAUCACCAUGAUCAAUUUUAGAACAUUUGCAUUACUCCAGAAAAAGAAAUAAAAAGGGAAAAAAGAAAUAAAAAGGGGAAAAAAAAAACCCCAAACACCCCCUACCCCUUAUUUUCCACCCUCCCCUUAUUGACCCCUAGUAUUGCACUCUACCCAAUUUUGUAAGAUUUACAAUAAAGGUAGGUUAACUAAGGCAGUAUAGUAUUCUCAGAGACAGAUAAUAUAAAUGAGUAAAACAGAAUAAAACAUCCAGAAGAAGAUCCAUACAAACAUGCUAUGCUGUUCUUUUAAUUGUUUCCAAUUAUAAGAUCUAUUUUGCCUAAGGAUGUUACCCAGACAAUUGGAAAAGUUUUUGCUUUUUCCGGAGGCAGCCCUCUGCUGCCUUCAGGAAAUUCUGGUUUCUUUCCAACGUGCAGGUUUGUUGAUAGUAAUUACAAGUAUUAAGUCUUCAAACCCUGAAACCCUGGUACCUAGAGGAGGCAUUGGUUAUUUGUUUUGUUUUGUUUUUUCUUUUGGGACUCCAGGAGUACUAAUUUUUAGAUAUAGAUAUUGAUACAGAUAUAGGCACUUAUUUAUCUUUCUGCAAUUCCAGUAGAGUUCCUUUAAGAGUUUUUGUUUGCUAAUUUAGUACUACCAUCUGGAGGUAAGAAAAUAUACAUUGAAUUAAUAGACAGACACAAAUAGGAAGUUAGACGCACACACAAAAACCGGAAACAAAUAUAAAACUCACUAAUUUGAACUUGCCUUUUUCAUCCUUUUUUUGGUAUGCUUGAAUAUUUAUUAGCCCAAUCUGGGUUAUAGGUUGCUAAUAUUGAAGUAACUAAGCUUUCUAUUUUCUUUGGGCCCUCUAUCUAUAGAUUGGGGUAUUAUUCUUCCAAUUAUAUAAAUCUGAUAUGGAGAAUGGGGUCUGCACAUGUACAGAUCUCUCGGGCCUCCCUAUUGGUCUAUUCCUAUAGGCACUUGCUGGAGGGGUAGAAGUUUUUCAGGUGGCUCUGCUGCUGGUUUUAGAGAAUAGCCCUGGCCAAAUUGAGUACCCUGACGGGUAUGGGAGAGGGAGACCACUUCUGUAUCAGGCUCUUCCACCUCCAGUAAAGGGGGAUACAGAGGAGGAUGAGGACAAGGGUAGGGGAGCUUCUUUCCUGAUCUCUUGGCCCCUUGGCUAUAGAGUGGAGGUGGAGCAGGUGAAAACAUUAAUAAAGCUUCUACUAGAUCCUUGAGCUUUGAAUUCGAGAGAACAUUUUUCUUUUCUUUGCUAAUUUUUACAUGUAGAAUUUUCAUACGUCAUCUCAUCCCAUUUCUGCUCUCUUCUGCAGAACAACUCUUAACUGUAAUACAGUGUUCUUUUCUAUAGAGCCCUUCUUAAGCCAUUUCUCUCCUAAUUCUAAAUCAUACCAAGGCCAGACUUUGUUUUUUUCAUAGGCUCAUAAGUAAAAUCUUUCCAAUUUUUCAAAAUAUGGCCCAAAGGGCUAUUAUUCAGGAAUGCUUUUAGAAUUUCCCAUUUUAAAGAAUUUAAGUAUCACACCAAUUAACAGGAUUAAACACAUAAUUUCAUUAAAUACCAGUUAAUUGUUGGAUUAACUGUUGGAUUACUUGUUUUCCAGGAGUAUGCUCAAGAGACAAACUAAGGUCAGGGCCUCGAACCCCAUACAGAAUGAUACUCAGAAAACAGAAGGGUGUAGAGGUCAGAGCAAGGGGGAUUGUUCUAGAAGUGGAACCCAGGCCUCAAAACCCAGGUCCAGGGGACUUGAACCUCUGCACUAACUUCCCAGUCCACUUUUACUUUGGUGACCCACCCACCUAGUCAGAUGUCUGGACUUGGAACUGGAAACUGUUUCUCUAUUUGAAGCUUUUUAAAGUGCUGAGAGGGCCAGGAGUGCCAAUCAGAGCAGAAGAAAACCCAGUUGCUGAGGCCUCUAGUCUAAGAGUUAGUGGCCACAAAGGGCUUGAUUACUGUGCUUACCUGUCCUGCUGAGGCUCCAGAGCUUCAGGCAUUAGACUUCUUGCUUCUUAGGGACCUGGUCCCACCAAUUGCCAAGUUGAUAGCAAACAAAUGUGGGGUUCUCUGCCCUAUGUGCCUAACAGCCAGUCUAUGACACUAGGGUUUCAAAGAGAGAAAGCGGUUAUUGCCAUGCAUGAAGCAGGAGAUCAGAUGGCCUAUUGGCCCCAAAAUCUGUCUCACCACAUUUUUUCUUAUUAGUUUUAGGUUGCUCUUUACCUCAUGAAGAACUUUAAAUGCUUUAAGCCUCUGGGUGGGAAGGAGGCUUUGACUGGGAUUCUGGUGACAAGAUGCCUCUUAUGUGACCUUUAAAGAUAAUUAUCUUGACUAUCGAUACUGUGGGUAAUAUGAGUAGUGAAGUAAUUUUAUAUUUUAACGUUAUAUUAUUUGUAACUCUUUCAUUGUAAACUUUUCAAAUUUAAAAAUAAGACAGUGUUAAAAAGGAUGAACCCUGAAAGUAUAAAAAUAAUUGGAUUUUCUCUUGG